AUGGGCGUGCCGGGCUUCUACCGAUGGGCAGUGCGCAGAGUGCCCCACCUGCGAGCGAAAAGCACUGGCCCUCCGUAUAACUCUAAGUUGAGGUACUUGGACUUCAACGGAGUCGUCCACACAUGCGUGAAUGAUUGGACGCUUCAAGAGGAGGAGGAGUAUCUCUUUCAGCUUGUCGAGGCGCAGCUCGCCGUGCUGCUGUCCCUUGUGACUCCCAAGGUGCUGCUUUAUGUGGCUCUGGAUGGGGUGGCGCCGAGGGCGAAGAUGAACCAGCAGAGGUCGAGGCGUUUUCGAAAGGCCCAAGAGACGGAUUCCGAUGGCAUCGAUGCCGUGGUUGAUGUUUUCGAUCGCAACGCCAUCACUCCUGGGACCCCUUUCAUGCAGCGCCUGUCAAAUCGGCUGCGGAGCUGGGCCGCCACCCAGGCUGCGGUACCCGACCUUCAAGGACUGAGUAUUGUCAUCUCCUGUGAUCUCGAUCCAGGCGAAGGCGAGCACAAAAUCAUGGAGGUGAUCAGGAAUCAUCCAGAACACACGCACUGCCUUUGCAGCAACGACGCGGAUCUCGUGUUCCUCGGGCUCGUGUGUGAGUCUGAGCACGUGUACCUGCUCCGGACGAAGCCCAACUACGAGAAGAGGGUGCCUACGAACACCGGGCAGCCCCAGGCAGCGGAGGCCAUGGACUCCGACGCCGUCCCGGAAAUGCCGGUGCCCGCAGCUCCGGCAGCGGCCGCAUCGGCAGGGCCCAUGGCCGAGGACUAUGAGAUGCUGAGCAUCGUGGCUCUGCGCGCCUGGCUGUCCAGCCAGUUUCCAGACUGCCUACCGAAUCGAUUAUUAGCAGACUUUGUCGCGAUGUGCUGCUUGGUGGGCAACGACUUCCUACCCCACAUAGCUGCGGUCGACAUCUACGACGGCGGUCUUGACAAGCUUCUGGCAGCCUACUACCGGCUGAAGCCUGCUUUGAAUGGGUACUUGACCACGUCAGAUCUCACACUGAACUUACCCCGAUGGCGCGGCUUGCUGGAGCAGGUUGCGCAGGAGGAGGCUGAGCUCUUGCUGACUACGCUGGGCCUUGGCUGGGGUCCCAAGCAGCUGCCCUAUCGUGGUCCUGGCCCGCCUGUGUCGACCUGGGACGGUCUCUCCGUGGUCGUGUCACCUGUGCCACGGAAGACUACAGCAGCACAGCUCUCUGCAGCAAUGUCAAAGCAGGGCAGCAUCGUGAAGAGCGUGCACCAACUCAAGCAGUCUCGAGGACCCGCUUCUUGGCUCGUGCGCUUUGCGGACGCGGCCUCUGCUGUCCGUUCUUUGGUGGCCACCCGCAGAGUCGAGACACAGCGGCUGCAGGGACCGAGUGCACGACUUACAACCAAGCAGACAAACAAAGUCACAACCAGCCUGGCUUGGGAGGCCGCGGAUUGGCAAGAGGAGUUGAACACGGCCGUUCGAGAGUCGUUCGAGUAUUGGCUUGGGCCGGAGAACCUUCCGAACGACUCGUUUCUCCGCAGGCAUGUGCGCCAGCGAAGAGAUCGUUUUGUUCCGCUGCGGGUCUUCGUCAUGUUCCGGCGCUUGCGCGUCUGGAUGCAGGACCAAGCGCAGCUGGCCAAGGUCCUGCGAUCCUCCGAGCUCUUGGAAGUCUGGGGCGAAGGACGUCAAGCCUGGGUUCGUCACAAGGUUGAAGCUGUGCAGAUGCUGCGGCCAGCAUCUGGCCUGCAAUUCUGCCCAAACUUGCCCAAAGAAUAUUACGCUCGCUAUGCCGGGCCUGUGGCCUGUGGUUCGCCUGCUGCGGACUCCGGGCACUAA